AUGUUCAAUAAAUAAAUCUAUACUAAUAUUAUAAAGCUGACGAGUUUGUUUGUUUGUACGCGCUAAUCUUAAUACCCUUAGACUAAAGUGCGCUUCUUCCCUACCUACCCUACCCCUACCCUAAAAAUGCUCCAUACAAACUUCCAUCCCCCAUUUUAGGGAAGUGAGGGGUCAGCAAGAAACAAAUAGUAGCCUAUGUAACUCUCCGUCCUUUCUACUAUCUCCACUUGAAAAAUCACAUCAACUCGUCGCUCCGUUUUGCCGUGAAAGACAGACAAACAAAAAGACAGACACACACUCUUUCACUUUAAUAUUAUUAGUAUGGAUGUAUACGUAUUUAUAAUAGGUCAUAAACACAUUUAGUUUUAGAUAAGUAGAGUAUUCUGCCAAGUUCAUGCUAAACAGGUGAUUAUUCAGACCCAAAUUACUCGCAACGCGCUACUUCGAUAACAUAAUGACAAUGGCUAUAUACAUGGUAUAAAAUACUAGCACAAAAUUUAAACGCGCAUAUUAUUAAGAUUAAUUUAACACAGAAUGUACGCGAUUCAGUUAUUUUUAAAAACAAUAACUUAUUUAGUUCUUAUAUCAAAAAUAUGUGACGGAUUCAUUGAGGUGAAAGAUAUAAAAAACUCAGUGGAUUCAAGUGAAAAUAAUGAAACAAAUUUAAAUGUAACACAGUUAGCGAAAUAUCAUGGAUAUAACAUAGAAACACAUAAAGUUAUAACAGAUGAUGGGUAUAUUUUGUCUGUGCACAGGAUACCAAGUAGGAAACCUAUCAAAAAUACAUCUGUGGUAUUUUUAAUGCAUGGAAUUUUGGAUUGUGCAGAUAGUUGGCUUUUACAAGGACCGAAUAAAGCCUUGGCAUAUACAUUAGUUGAUAAAGGAUACGACGUUUGGAUGGGAAACGCUAGAGGGAACAAAUAUUCUUCUACCCAUGCAUUUUUAGACACAGGGGCUACAGAAUAUUGGAAGUUUUCUUGGGAAGAAAUUGGUUUUUACGAUUUGCCAGCAAUGAUUGACUACGUUUUGGCAAAAACUGAGAAAGAAAGUCUAUAUUAUGUUGGACAUUCACAAGGAACUACAGCUUUCUUUGCAAUGCUUGCUCUCAAACCUGAAUACAACCCUAAAGUCAAUAUGAUGUUCGCUUUAGCGCCUAUUACUUGGAUAAGUAACGCCAAAAGCCCUAUCUUCAAUCUAUUCACCCCCGCAUAUGGAAUUUUUAAAUAUUUCACAUCAAAUCUCAAUAAUUAUUCGACAAAUGUGGAUAUUUUUAAAAACAUUCCCAAAUUGUUGUGCAAAUUCCUGCCAAUUGGAUGUGAUAAUGUCUUGCAAUGGAUAAUAGGCAACGAUUACAAGUUUAUAAAUGUGGAAUUACUACCAGUUAUAUAUGGACACAUGUCUAGUGGAUCAUCUUUAAUGCAGUUUAUACAUUACGGCCAGAUGUUUCAAUCUGGAAGAUUUUGUCGUUUCGAUUAUGGUGAAACUGACAAUUUGGCCAAAUAUGGAGCGAUUACACCACCAGAAUAUGACCUUAACAGAGUUACUGUUCCUGUAGUGCUCUUUUAUAGCACCAACGAUUGGUUGUCCGAUUUGGAGGAUGUUAAACAACUCUUUGCAAAGUUACCAAAUGUUUAUGACAGUUAUAACAUAAAUAGGUUCAAUCACGUUGAUUAUAUGUUUGCUGAUGUUGCCAAAGUACUAAUAUACUCAGUUAUUAUAAAGAAGAUAGAAGAAUUUGAGUUCACAAUAGACGAAUUAUAGUACCACAAUUCCAGCAACCUGUUUUAUACCAGUGGACCCCUAGGGUGGGGUCGAUUAAUACUACACUUUCCGGUGUGGGAUCAUUAUUGCGGCAUUUUGGUUACCAUAUUAAAUAAAACGUUUAAAUUUUUAUACAACCUCAAUGUAUUUAUAAUAACAA